AUGGAACAGCAACAGAGGGAGGGGGCGGCCUUCUUGGAGGCCGCUGCCACUGGCAACGUGCUGGAAGCACGGCGGUUCUUGCAGAACAGCCCUCGCUUGGUUGACUUCGUUGAUCGCCUUGGCUGGGUGAAGCGGGGCAGGACGGGGCUGCUGGUGGCGGUGGAGGCGCGCCACGUGAAGAUGGUGGAGCUGCUGCUGGCCAGCGGAGCCGACCCGCACCACCGGUCGAGCGUCGAUGGCAUGCACGCCCUCCACGUGCUCGCCGAACAGGGCCAACGCGACUUCCUUUCUGCUGAUGCGGACGAAGUCGAGGAGCGGAAGGCUGCGGGCAAGCUGCUGGACAUCCUGCUCGACGCCGGCGUCGACCCCAACGUGCCCACCACAUCCGGCGAGACGGUGUUGCAUCUGAUGUGCCUGCGGGGCAACAUCGAUGGCGUGCGCGAGCUCCUCGCCCGGCGCCUGGUGGCCGACAUCGACGCGCGCAACACCCACGGCGACACCGCCCUUCACUACGCGUCGCGCAAGGGCCAUCAGGAGAUCGUGCGCCUGCUGGUGGCCCACGGCGCCUCGCCGGCGGCCGAGAGCCAGUUCGGCACACCGGGCCAGGUCGCGAGCGAGUCGCGGCAGGAUCACAUCACUGAGCUCCUCCGCAGUCUCUCCCGCCACCACACUGACGGCGAUGACGACAAUGACGACCAUGACCUGCAGCGGCUCGGUCUGUGGAGCCUUCCUCCGGAAGUGGUGGUGCACGCGCUGUCGUUCGUGGCCAACGCUCGCGACCUCUGCUCGGUCUCCCUGACGUGCCGGGCGCUGGCAGCGAUCAGCAGAGACGACGGCCUGUGGAAGCCGCUCGGCCAUCCCUCGUGGGCCGACCACCAAGUCGCGUACGCGCCGUUCCUAUCCUUGCAUUCCAUUCCAGACUCCUGUAUGACGUAA